UUACACCGUGGGCAAAACAAAACAUUACACCCAUCGCCAGCUGAGGUCCUUCGGUAUGUGGGUCAAAACAGCUCAAAGUGUAUUUACUCCAGGCACCGUUCGGAUUGCGCAAUUCGAGGUUUGAUAUAUACCUUGCAAAACGUCAUGGCGUGUUUGAAAGCAUGGCUGCGCUCACCAAAAGCUUUGUCGUCGUGGAAGGCGUGCGUCCGAUUGACAAGCAACGUCACUUCCGGUGGUUCUGUCACCGACGUGAAAUCCUUCGACCAGGUUCCAGGGCCAUCGGGGAAGUAUCUGUGGCCAGUCAUAGGACCCGCCUUCCAUUUCAAGCCUCUGGGCAAACUGUCCCCCGAGAGACUUGACCAGCUGUUCUUGAGGCUGCACGAGCAGUACGGGAGUAUCGUCCGGGUCAAGUUUGGACCAUGGUUUCUACUACUGGACAACCCGGCGGACAUGGAGACAGCUCUCCGGUGUGAGGGGAAGUACCCCGACCAUAUGCAGAUCGACAUCAUGUUGUACUACUACCAGAAAAACAAGAAAGUAAAACCACUUUCAUUGUCGAGCGGACCCGACUGGCUGGCCCUACGUUCCAAGGUACAGCAGCUGUACACACGUCCCCGUGCCGCUCUCUACUACCUCCCCUCACAGAACGCGGUUGCCGACGACAUGGUAAAACACUUCAUGGGGGACAAACUGUCUCCUGAAGAGGUCAAGGACGUCAUCUCAAGAUAUGUCACAGAAGGUAUUUGCGCAAUAUUUUUCAACAAACGGCUGGGCUUCCUAGCUCAAGGUGCGGAUUACAACAUCAAACAGCAGCGGUUUAUUCAAGAGACCAAUAACUUAUUCAAAAUCAUGAGCACACUGUACGUCCUCAACCUCCACCGACUCUUCCCGACCAAAGACUACAAAACUCUGGAGACUGCACUCAACUUCCUGACCGAGGAGUCGAGACGAUAUGUGACGGAAGCAAACGAGGAGAUAGCGAGGCGGGAGAAGGAGGGGACACUGGACCCGAAUGACCCUAACCUGCUGCUGGCCUUGCUGGCGUCCAAAAAACUGACCAUGGACGAAAUAUACAAUGUCAUGGCCGAGAACAUAUACGCCGGUGCUGAUGCGACAACGAGGACGUUGAUGUUGUUCCUGUACAAUCUGGCACGGUUCCCAGAAAAGCAGCAGGUUCUGUACGAGGAGAUCAAGUCUGUAGUGGGGACCAGCGACCAGCUUACGGAACAACACAUCAACGACAUGCCCUAUCUCAGGGCGUGUUUCAAGGAGUCUAUGAGAAUCAUCUUUAUCUUACCAACGGGUCCGUCAAGGAUACUUCCAGAGGACUCUAUCAUCGGCGGGUACAGGAUACCGAAAGGGACCAAUAUCGCACUGAGCUGUCCCCGACUUCUGAAAGAUGAAAAAUAUUUCGAAAAUCCCAACUCAUUUCUUCCCGAACGUUGGCUGAGAGGAUCAAGCGGAAAGAGAGAAAGACACAUACCAAGUAUAGCACUCCUGCCGUUCAGUUUCGGGCCUAGAAUCUGCCUCGGGAGACGAUUUGCUGAGCAAGCCAUAUAUCUGGCUAUCGUGAAGCUUGUGUCGCAGUUUCAGUUGUCAGUCGGUCCAGAGGAUGAGAAUAUUGAGGUCAUAUUCCGCAUCUUCGCGACUCUGAAUAGACCGGCUGACAUCACAUUUACAAGAAGGACCUGAAGAAGAAAUGUUUUGUUCGUUUGUCAUGGAGGAGCUUCUGCGAGCUACAUUGUUGUACAUCAUGUUUGGAAUACCCCAUCAAAGAAACUCUUUUUGUCCCCUGCUCAACAUCAUAGUUAAAACUAAUCAUUCCUGAUUAUCAUAUUUUCCAAAAUCCGGCACCGUUUUCUUUGCUGUUUCCAUGUGGAUAAAUGCCUUUCUGGAAAACAGAUGUUGAUAUCUCAGAUAUCAUAUAUAUACUACCGACAAUAAGUAUGGGAACACCAAAUUAUCAAAGUAUAUCAAAGUAAAUUUAAAGUGGCAGUGUCGGUUUAUUACAAGGGUAAAUAAAACAUUAUUUGUU